UGGACUACGCUUGCUUUAGGAGGGCACCACUAAAACAGUUAGAGAACUAAAAAUCGCGAUCCCGCAGUUGGUCUUGAAAGAAUGCAAUACGCGGACGUAUCAUGAUCGUACGUAUGAGGUCGAAUUGUUCUGUAGCGAUUCCGCUUGUACCGAUACUUGUAUGCUAACAAUUUCGAAUCUUCAUUCACUGUAACGAGUACGCGUAAUAUUAAGAAACAAGUAAAUCAUUACACGCCGAUAUACGUUAAUACCAACGAUAGUGGCAAUUAUACAACUGUGACUUCGUGUACGUACAGAGAAUCGCUAAAGCAUUACAAUCGACAAGAAAAGUGCGUGUACGUGAGUGAAUAGAGUGCCUCAACCCUGAUCUCCGCGCCCUUCUGAAUCGUUGACAGUAGUCAUCGUGAUUUUCUGCGAACGAUUCUAUCGAUGACGUGCCGUGGACCAGUCUACGAGAACACAAAAGUGUUGCAUGCUGCGUGUUAGGGCAAGAAACAAGGGCCUAUACUAUCGCGUUUUAACCAUUGAGGUGGGCUGCACCGACGAGGCUGUGGACGUUCCUAGAUUGGCGUAUUUAAAAGGGUAUAGAUCUCCCAAGCCCUUACUCCGGGACCAGAGUCGAGAGCGGUUCUUCGAUGAAGACGUCAGUGACAUGGAGACGGCGCUGUGGGACGCUUCGUGCGCGGAGAAGACCGGAGAUGAACGCUGCCCAUGCGACGGCUCCAUCUCGGUUCAACAGGAGGGAGUCUACACUACUGUGGGAGGAGGCUACUGUCGUGCCGGACACCAAGGAGCGCGAUGUACUCGGAUUUAAGAAGAAGGAGCGUAUCAUCAGCCGGAGUACAAGCACGGGGGGCAGGAGUGAGCGGGUGUCGGUUCCUAUGCUCGAGAAAUUGAAGACAAAGGAUAUGAUAACGCGCAUCCUCCGGUCUCACACCACUCCGGAGGAGAGGUCUCGUGUUAUUGAUCCGUGCCAAGUGAAGGAAACUAGCGACACCCCGGCGGGGGCGGUUGCGAACGAGGUUCCUGAGGUGGACACAGUUCCCGAGGUUGUACUGUCCGAGAUGGAUAGCUUCGCGAGGGAGCUUAUAUUAGACGGAGACCCUUCCAUGCUCGCGCAUGCACAUGUUUGUCCUUACUACCUGUUUUUCUCCGUGGCUGGCGAAGCGUGUAAGGAUGUGGACACAACUCAGAACCGGUAUGCGGAGUACCCCGGUACUUCCUUGUAUGAUAUAAUGAGCGGGCCCUCUUCCCGAUCCAACAAAAUGGGCUGGCUGGCAGCGGCUGCUGCGGCCCACAAUAAAGAACAACAUGCUCUAAAUGGAAAUAUAAAUACCGUUUUGUCCGCACAAUUUAAGGCGGCAGACCAGUACGCAGCGUUUCGAGCGGCGCUUUGGGACAAGAAGUGCAAAUACACCGACUCACCAACGAUGCCGACCUGAUUAGAUAAGCCUGUGACACCUCCUUGCGGUGUUACUUUGACGGUGUCGUCAGUGACAUUGCCCUUAGACCUACAGAUUCCGACGACACAGUCGCUUGAGAGAUCAAGGCCGCCCAGUCGAUGCCUGAGGCGGCCAUAGGAACGGAUAAGAGUCGGAGGAAGGCGGAUAAAGCCGAAACCGCCAGAAACGUUAUACGUGCGGUACCCGCUGGUGGUACCGAUCCCCGAGGGCAAUAGGGGCCCGGCCCUAGAGAUGUGCGCUCGGAUUUCACGGCAACUGAAGUAGGUGGAGGUUGGGCGGUACUUAUUCAAAUACGCGAGUGGGAGUGUGGAGUUCAUCACAUCCGGCAAGGCGCCGUUGCUUUACGGCCAAAUCAUUGACUGCCCCUACCUGACGGAGGCCCUUUUUCGGUAUGUGCCUCGCUCGGAGAUGGGAGAUAUACGGGACUUAACCUUGAAGGUUGCCCUUAUGGAUAUGCUACGGGAGUCCAGCGGGGUGGAGUGGGCCUGGGCAAGGAUGAACGUGCCGCAGCGUGACAUCAUCGACAUGUCGAGUUUGGGCCACUGGCACUACGACGCAAUCUUUGUUAACUGUGAGGCUAUCGAGUACGCGGUACGAAACGAGGGAAGGUUGCCCGUUGGGACGGAAGGGGACUACUGGAGCAUUAUGGAGGGGACGACCACCAUUAUCGGUCUGCCGUCAAACACGGAACCAUACAAUAUGGGCCGGACUGCGUUGAUAUUGGCGCCUCUCACCUACCCUUUGGCGUGGGUGCUGCAAUACUUCAACAUGGUGCGGUUGGAGAGGGAUGCGUCUAUGGAUGAGGUCUUCUGUCAUACGGCAGGCUUGGUCGACAUUCAUUCGAGGAUAAGACAUCUGAUAUUCGUCAUCUCGACGAAAACCGAGACAAGUGUCUCUGUCGGGGGAAGGUGCUUCCCGAUUGGUACGGUUGACCACCACUUGGAGUUGUCUGCUAACCGGCGUCCCCAGGAAUGGAACUUGGAUGAGCAGAUCUCAGUGAUGCUGAGGGAGGCGUUGAACUGCAGAAAUUCCCUCCGUCGGGAAAUCGAGGAAUUUAUUCAGCCCUUGGUGCCGGGCGGGAUCAACUGGCUCGAGGUUGACUCCCUGAUUAACGUGUUUACAAGGACGAAGGCGCCCCCCGAGAAGUUGACGAGGAUGGGGCUGCGCCCUGCUCAGCACAUAAGGGAUGAAUCAUACUCGGAUUAUCGGGUAUACUCGCAAGAGCGUGCGCGUCAGUUGCCGAUUCUAAUGCAUGGAGCAACUGGACGGAGCUUUGUAUUACGACGGGACUGGCAUACUACUCUUUGUACAAUACGGAGAACGCGCAAAACGCGAUGUGAUAUGGAGCUGGGGAAUUAAGUUGUGCGUGAAGGACUAUUCCAAGAGCCAGUUCAGGACCCUCGUUAUCGGGUACGAUGUAUACGCGGCGAUCAACAGUGGGUUGCGGGGACCCUACACGGUGUUACUGACCGAUGAAAAUUGAAACAUCCCAGGAUAUGACGUAAAUAUUAGUAUAAAGAGUAACGGAGAACAGCACCAUGAAGAAGAAUCUCACGCCGUAGUGCGAUGUUAGUGACACAGACACCCUCCUCGACGGACAAUCUGCCGAAUAUGCUGCCGGUACUCGAGGAGGAGGCGGAUGUCGAUGUCGACGACGCAUUCCCGCCGCACGUCGACACGGCGAACAUCGUCAUACAGCCAGAGUCGCCCACCAGCAAGAAGCAAACGCUGAAGACCUUCAAUGAGGUCAAUGCGCUUCUCCAGGCCGGCAGAAAGAGGGAGGCUAAGAUGAUCAUAAGGGAAAACGCGUGGCCAUUGAACAACGGGAUCAGAGCGCAAUUGUGGCCAGCCCUUUGCAACCAACAUGCACAUGGAAAGAAUAUGCUCGACGGAUUCUAUUGGGACAUGGUCAAUCAAGUAUUUGGAACUACAGAGCUACCGGAAAAAUCAAUCAUGCUACCACCGUUCGUGGACAGCACUCAUUGCCUGUCGUACCACCUGACGAGAAAAGGCAGGAGCGUUGCGGACAGGAUUGUGUCUGUGCUGGGAUACGCUUGUCCUGAUAUCACCUACAGUCCUUCUCUUUAUCCCAUCACGGCUCUUCUACUUCACUUUAUGCCAGAGGAGGAGUGUUAUCAUUGUAUGGCCAGCUUGGUCGCCGCUAAAGACAAGAUGUUCAUUACGCAAACGAAACUCCUCUACGAGGUUACCUGGAAAACCGUCGAGCAAAUCACUAAAAAGCACGUGAAAUCAGCAGCGGUACAUUUGGCGAGGCACUGUUCUGGAUCGAGAGCAGAAAGAAUUUAUAUGGAUUGGAUGUGGUGGAUUUUGCAGCUUCUUCCUUUCCAGCAUUUAGUCAGGGUUAUGGACUGUUUUCUUCACGAAGGCAUCAAGGUCUUCUAUCGUGUAGCAAUGGCUAUAGUUUUAUUAUUCUAUAAGCAUUCGUCGCUGCAAAACUCUGAAUGGAUGAACGAAAUUUCAAAGAACGGUAUUGACGCUGCUCUCUCGAAGUUCUGCAGACAAACACCGGUAACGCCAGCUAAAUUUUUACGUACAGCAUUUGGGAUACGUGGACUCAGCUCAGCAUACAUAUCAAGGGUAUUUUUACGCACAGAAAUGGCUCUAAAAAGUAAAAGCGUUAUAUCGGGAUCCAAAUCAUUGGCUAGAUCACGAUCCACAGACAAUUUGCCGACGAGUCAGUCCCAAGUCAACAUUCAAAUGAUGUCGCACACGCUCACGAUACGAGAAAAAGAGUGUGAAGACACAUACAAAGACAGGGGUGCACACAGUCCUGGACCGCGUGCUCUGUCAAUGGGGGUUUAUCCCAUACAAAGCAUAUGCUCCCAGAUUCUAGACAUGCCUGAUUUAUUCACAUUAUGGUCCUGGCUGCCUAUGCGGAUCACCAUGUAUCAACCAAUCCUAUUGUAUACAACAGAAGAGCAUGGUUGUUCUUUGACAACAUUUUAUGUAAGGGUAGAGCAACAUGAACCAACCCUCUUAAUGAUAAAAACAUGUAACAAUGAAGUAUUUGGUGCCUAUUGCUCCACAAGAUGGUGUGAACGUAACUUGAAAAAUGAUAAAGGACAAAGACAAGCUUAUUUUGGGACAGGUGAAACUUUCUUAUUCAGUUUGUAUCCUGAACGAGCAAAAUACCCUUGGGUGGGUAUGGAUUCUUCGCACAAUGAUUCUAAAGUCCAUCAUUCAGCUGAACUGUUUAUGGCGGCAGAUUCCAAAAUGAUAACAAUUGGAGGAGGAGACGGUCAAGCGAUAUGGAUGGAUGAAAAUAUAAGAUUCGGUAAAACAGAUCGGUGCUCUACAUUCAAUAAUCCACCCCUUUGUGCCAGUGGCGAUUUUGAGAUUAGGGUACUAGAAGUAUAUGGAUUUGCUGGUGCUUGAAAAGAAGACAGAAUUUGGCACUACAACGUAUCAGCUUAUUUAAUUCCCUACUGCCAUUUAGCGACUCUCUUCUAUACAUAUAGUGUCGUAUACAUUAUAUACAAGUAUCUUCGUAUCGUAUAUGUGCAAAAUUAUCGCGCUUUUCUAGUCGCGGUAUUUGUGAUGCAUCUUCAGUCGUUUGCGGAAUACUAGUAUUAUUAUAUGUGCAUGUUUCAUUGUUGAGGCGCUCUAAGAGGUUCUGUACCGAUUGAGAUUACAUAGAUUUAUCUCCUUCGUUUUAUUACGCUUGUUUGUUCGAUUAUUUGUCUCGACGUUUGCAGAAACAAUAAGACGAUUUCUACGAUUAUUGUGUUGCGAAUUCUCUAGCAGGACACAGAAUGAUAUGAAAUGGUUGCUAACGUAUAGAUCAUAGUCUGCGACAUGGUGAACAUCGACAAUAAUCAACGUUAAGUCAUCUUUAGUUAUGUUACAAAUCUUGAUAUCUAACAUGUACAUAUGUAAGAAAUGAUUGAUUAUUUACAUGAAUACUUAAUAUUCAUUGGACCAGAUGCUGUCAAUAUAUAUAUAUACGUACAUAUGCUGCAAAUUAAUUUAACGGAAUCUAUUGUUAAUUUUGCAGUUUAACAACAAUGCUCGUAUACGUAUGUGUUAAUGCCUUGCAAUGUUUAUUUACUUUAGUAUUGUUACAACUAGCUUUAAUGAAUUGUUGAACGUAGGAGCGAGACAAACGAAGGAAAGAGUACUGUUUAUAUGUUACAUAUUGUGUCUGUCACGCGUUAAUCGUAUAUGUGUAUAUAUACACUACAUACAUAUAAUAUGUAUGUUAAUCUCAUAUUAAUUUCUUGUAAAUAUUAUAAAUAGUGCCCCUUGCGCAAGUAGACACACACGCAACACAAUUCAUACACAUUCAUAUAUACAUUAACUUUAGUCGAUUCAUUCCACACUGACAUGAACGCGUGACGAUGAAGGAUGGAGUGCCUAGUCGUUUGUAUUAUAUACGCAUUUUCAUUAUUGUCAAAUGAAUCAACUAAAUUUAUUGUAUGUACAUUGACGAAUAUCGAGCCAGCGUUGUAAGAAAGAAAACGAAGAAAUAUAUUAAUGGCAGGGGGCGAAUGGUACUUUGAACAACGAUAAUGCCUUUUAUUUUUUAGAGAUGAUUACGUUUGAAGAAAAGAAAAUCGCGUGAAGAUUGACCUGUUUUUUAAAGUGAAAUACGAAAAGCCAUAGCUUUCAUGUAGUAUAUUAAGGAUUUGUAUAUUUUAUAUAGAAUCAUGUCGAUAGUAAGAUAACAACUAGUACCAGAUAUUGAAACUUAUAUGUACAGAGGAACAGUACGAUGAUUUUUUUUCGAUAUAAUUUGUCGAUACACUCUUCGGGCAUUCUGAUGAAACGUGCUAGCGUUACUAUCGUUAUUCUUUGUCUCUUUUUGUGAUCAAAUCUGUAUCGAUGUCGUACGAUACAUGAUUAAUUCUUAGAGUACCUGCUUCUUUGUUUAGUUUCUUGUUGUUACUUCUUUUUUUCCUUUUUUCUUUUUUUUUUUUUUUUGAAUGAAAGGGAAAGAUGAAGAGUGAAAUUGAGCGUGCAUGGAAAAACUGAAGGUGUCGAUUUUAGAUUCCUUGGUUGUGAUGUAAAAGUGGCUGGUACCACUUUUGUCCGAGUGACAAUACAUAAUUAUAAUGUUUGUGUAGGAGGAUUAUGUAUCUUUCACCCCCCGUCAUACUAUUAACUGUAAAAUAACGCAACAAAUAACAUGUGGAAAAUGUGUGCGUUAUUCUUGAUAUGGCUACGCGUUAAGGAGGAACACUCAAAAGCACUAGAAAAAAGGAGCCUAAGAAGAAACGUUCCGUACAUCGGCUGAGUCACCUCUUUCAGUUUUACAUUAAUAUAAUCAAUCACGUUAAUUAGUUUUCUUACAUCGACUCUUUAUACAAUCGUGCGAGACGCAAAUGCAAGAAUGACCGAGCAACACAACAAAGAACAAUCAACAUAUUAUACACGGCGAUAUUGAAUUCAAUUUUAAAUAUAACCAGUGUUAUAAUAUCGAAUUUAACUGCUGAAUCGUUUUCUGAAAUUUGUCUAACACCAACGAGAUAGUUCAUAGCGAAACAAAAUAAUAACGAAUCACGUUCACUUACCAAUGUUUUGUAAAUCUACGAUGGUACUCCCAUGGUUCACACGAAGUUAGCGAAAGUAAAAGAGUACACUGCUGAUCUCAACGAAAAGAUACACUACGAUAGGAUAGCGUAAAAAAUGUAUGUGUUUUACAUUACCAGAAAUUUUAUUACGCUAUCAGAACGGAGUUGGGUUACUCAGUUUAAGCGUAAGAGGUAUCAUAUUGAAAGAUACUCGAGUGUAUUUAGGACGAUUUAUUGUAAUUUUAAAGAUAUAUAGUUACAUUUCUCAGAAAUGUGAAACGUGAAUUUGAGGUUAGGUUGGGGUUCACGAUUGGAAGAAAGAAAUAAAGCAAUCGACAGAAUUUAUGUGUCUUACAAACACAAUGCGAGUAAAAGUGCAUUUUUGUACAACACGUGAGAAUAGUUGAAGAAAGGAGAAUCUGCGUGUAUAGAGUUCCAUAUAGUUAAAUUAUUGCAUUAUUAGUUUAUAUUUAUACAAUUCAUAUACAAUCCAUAUGUUAAUUGUUUAAAUCAAAGUUUGGGUUUCCACGUUACAGAGUCUUUUUCUUAACUAUUCCAAGGUUGUUACCAGGAGCGUUAAGGGUUGCAAAUGCUGCUAGUACGAUUAUCUUUUUUUUUAUGAAAUUAUAGUCGCGUGAUAACUGAAUGAGUGAAUAUUUAUUUAUUGUGUAUUCGUGGUCGAGAGAAAGGUAAUAAUAAUGUGCAGACAA